AUGGCUCGCUCCAUCUCCAGCGCGAAGCUUCUCUCAGCUGCAGUGACAAGGGCAAUCACCAACGGAAGAGGAUUCUCCGCGGCCGCCGCCGCUACUGCCGGAAAAGCCACGCCGGGGAAUGGAGGGGGUUCUGCGGUAACCGCCGCGACAAGCGGCAUGGUGAAGAAAACAGGGGAAGCGGGAAACAAGGUCUCCACCAGCUGGGUUCCGGACCCUCGCACCGGUUUCUACCGACCCGAGAACGUUGCCGAAGAGAUCGACGCCGCGGAGCUCCGUGCUCUGCUCCUGAAGAAACAUUAG